UAGUAAAUUGAAUAGUGAAGUGAAAAGGCAGUUUAGAGUUGAGACUUGAGAGUUAAGACACAAGUCCGACGCAGUCCUAGGGGUCAUGUCCGUGUGAAGAACAGGAGCGAUCGAAUUUCCAUUUUCCCAUUCCCUGCAAUCUAGUCUGUCGGAAUUCCAAUCUGAAAAGGUUAAGGAGAAGACAGUUGUUCCAUGGCAAAGGCAAUUCGAUUGAGGGGUUUCGGAGUUGCCAUCGUUGCUGCGGCGGGAGCCUAUGGUAUAAUGGGUUUGAGAGACCCAAUUUCAAACGUGGUUGAGAGUGACAGAGGAGAGAGCUUUGAGAGCUUCAGGAGAAAAAUCUCUGAUGUGAACGCCACCGUCCCGUCAAGGGAAGUCCAGGAGUCCGCUUUGAAGGGUACAAGUGUUGCCAAUCCUCUCGACGUUCUUGUCGUUGGCGGUGGCGCUACUGGCUGUGGUGUGGCCCUCGAUGCUGUCUCCAGGGGCCUUCGCGUUGGGCUUGUUGAGAGAGAGGAUUUCUCUUCGGGAACUUCCUCUAGGUCCACCAAGCUCAUUCAUGGAGGGGUACGCUAUUUGGAGAAAGCUGUUUUCAAUUUUGACUAUGGGCAGCUGAAGCUUGUUUUUCAUGCACUUGAGGAGCGUAAACAGGUUAUCGAGACUGCUCCACACUUAUGCCAUGCUUUGCCAUGCAUGACACCAUGUUUCAACUGGUUUGAAGUAAUUUACUACUGGUUGGGAUUGAAAUUAUAUGAUGUGGUCGCAGGACCACGCUUGCUUCAUUUGUCUCGGUAUUAUUCUGCACAAGAAUCAACUGAACUCUUCCCAACCCUUGCAAGGAAUGUAAACAAUAGAAUCUUGAAGGGUACAGUGGUGUACUAUGAUGGACAGAUGAAUGACUCUCGACUUAAUGUUGGCCUGGCAUGUACUGCUGCAUUAGCUGGUGCUGCUGUGCUUAACUAUGCAGAAGUGAUUGCCUUUCUUAAGGACGAGGUUACCGACUGUAUAAUUGGUGCACGCAUCCGAAACAAUUUGUCAGGAAAAGAGUUCAAUGCAUAUGCCAAAGUUGUUGUGAAUGCGGCCGGCCCAUUUUGUGAUUCUGUGAGAAGGAUGGCUAACAAAGAUGCAUCACCUGUGAUCUGUCCCAGCAGUGGUGUUCAUGUUGUUCUCCCAGAUUAUUAUUCUCCUGAAGGGAUGGGCUUAAUUGUUCCAAAAACAAAGGAUGGACGUGUGGUCUUCAUGUUGCCCUGGCUGGGAAGAACAAUUGCAGGAACUACAGAUUCCAGUACUACAAUCACAAUGUUUCCAGAACCUCAUGAAGAUGAAAUACAAUUUAUCCUUGAUGCAAUAUGUGAUUACCUUAAUGUCAAGGUUCGUCGAAUGGAUGUUCUCUCUGCUUGGAGUGGUAUUCGGCCUUUGGCAAUGGAUCCUUCGGCAAAAAACACUGAGAGCAUUUCCAGAGAUCAUGUUGUAUUUGAAGAUUACCCUGGUUUGAUCACCAUUACAGGUGGAAAAUGGACUACUUACCGAAGCAUGGCAGAAGAUGCAGUUGAUGCAGCUGUAAAGUCUGGUAAGUUGAGCCCAACCAAUGGCUGUGUGACCAACCACCUAAAGAUUGUUGGUGGAGAUGGGUGGAAUCGAGCAUUUUUUACAGUGCUUGCUCAACAAUAUGUUCGUAUGAAGAAGACAUAUGGUGGAAAAGUUGUUCCUGGGGCAAUGGACAGUGCUAUAGCCAAGCAUUUAGCGCAUUCCUACGGUACUUUGGCACCAAAAGUGGCUGCAAUAGCUCAGAAUGAAAAUCUAGGGAAGAGGCUUGCUAAUGGAUACCCCUUUCUAGAGGCAGAGGUUGCAUACUGUGCUCGGCAUGAGUACUGUGAGUCUGCUGUUGAUUUCAUUGCUAGGAGAUGUAGGCUUGCUUUUCUGGACACUGAUGCAGCAAACCGAGCAUUGCCCCGCGUAAUUCAGAUUCUGGCUGUUGAACAUCAGUGGGAUAGAUCGAGGAAGAAAGCAGAGUUACAGAAGGCCAAAGAAUUCUUGGAAACAUUUAAGUCGUCUAAAAAUGCUCAAUUCUAUGAUGGAAAACACACAGGGUCGUAAACUGAGUUAUAUUGAACCAUAAUGGAGAUGAGUUAUUUGAUACCAUAUUAUUUGGUUCCUAGCGCAUUUGAUUGGUAAGAGAAUCAUCAUCUGACUCUUUUUGGUGUCAGGGAGGUUUGUUUUUAGUUUAAGAUGGAACUGUUCUGGUUAUUGUCGGUGUCACCCUGCUUGAAUUCAAUUAUUAUCAAUGCAGAUACUUGAUAGGAAGCUCCUUCUUUUCCUGAGAAAUGAGAUGGCUAGUAAACUUAAGUUGUUGUGCUGUUGCAACUUUAGAAAUUGAUUUCAUUUGUGAAGAAUAAUACUUGAAAGAACUCAGCUUUUAAUAUGGAAAUCCAAUCUCCAUAAUUUGAGAGUCAUUCAACGAAAUUUUCUAGGUCUUGAGAAGUUCUUCCUCCUCCCCAUGGAGAAACUUUCCUGUUACCUGGGAUAGCAACUAUACUCUAGCCAUGAUCUCCAUCUGAUUUUCACUUCUCCGGUGCACCUAGAACUAAGGCGUGCAGCCUCUGUGCACAAGGCAUUAGGCAUACAUGUACAUAUUUGUGCAUGCAGUCUCAUCAUCAAUGGAGACUGACAGGUUUUGGCUCUAAAAGAGGAAGUGCAAAAUAGGAACAAUAGUUAUAAUUUGAACCCUGGGCGUCAUAUGCUUACCCACAUAGCCAGGACUUUUUUUUGAGUACACAUAAGAAGGUUUGCAAAGGUGAUGAGGAAAGCAUUCAUAAUUCUUGUCUACCGAAGGCCUGUUUUUUCCGUUGCACAAGGAGAAGAACACUGUGGAAGACUCCAGAAUACUGACCCCACCUAUACCGACAGCAUCUGAGAUCAGAAAGGGACGUUACAGCUAGGGAAAGAAAGAAUAAGCUACCUUGGAAAUCUCUUCACUUCUGAUUGGUGAAGACAGAACUGGGGGUAAGUCCAACUCGACGCUGUGUUUAUGGUGUGUCUAGUUUUGGGGUGCUUGCUUUUGGUGAUAGUGACUUCAACCUCCUUUGGAUUUUCUAAUUUUUCAAUGAGGGCAAGAGUCCCCGGUUGAUCUUACAGUGGAAGAUGCAGGUGUUUUCACCAUGAGUUGUAAGAGUUCCCAGUUGAUAUUACAGUGGAAGAUGGGGUUUUUUUCACUACAAGUUUCCUGUUUGAAACGGGUUCAGCAGGACAAGAUAACUCAAUCAUCAAUUCACCAUCCAGGUUUACAUAUAAACCUCUGGUGGUGAGAUUGUGGACACUGGUGCAGAUUUCGCCUGCAAACACUAUGAGACAUUUGAUUUUUGAGUCCAACUAAGCAACAUCCCCGAAGGGUUUGAAAAACGUGACUAUAUACGCAAUAUUGCAAGCCGCAUUGGUGAUGUGUUAGACAAUGAUUAGGAGUUGGAUAAACAGGUUUAUGCUGUCCUUCAAGCUAGAGUGAAAGUAGAGUUUCCUCUGGAUAAAAAGCUCCAGAUUUGUCCCCUUUAUAGCCACUGAACAGGUUCUCAGAAUCGGUGAAGUCCAAUAUGAGCUCUUCCAUGUGUCCACCUGGUGUGGGAGCUUACAAAACCUAUUAAUCUGAUGUCAAGGCUGCCAUUUGGCAAUUCAUUCACCACAAAAUCAAGAGAUAUUCCAAAUACUAUAUUGGAUUCUACAUCACGUUUAGAGAUAAUUGCUUUCCUUUUAGGGAUUUCUCGUUACACCCAGAUCAACCUGGAGAAGAUGGCACUUAAGCUCCAAGCUGAGAAUGCAUACAUCGAUGUCCAAACACCUGAUUCAAGUUUCACCUUCAUUUGUCUGGGAAGCCUGAAUCCACUUUUCAAGCUGUCAACCCCGAACAAAGGAUCUUAAAAUCAAGGAGCAUAUUGUGGCAUCGAUGGGUGUUCUGAAAAGAAAAGAAAGGCAGUGUUAUAGACGGAGAACGAAAAUCUUGUAUGUGAAAUUCAGAGGCAUGAAAAGGGGUUCACAUAUCACAAUGGUAGAGACCUAAACUGGAGUGGGCUGCAGUGUUAGAUGGCCUUUAUGCAAAGAUCUCUCGACCAGAAAAUUUAAAGCUAUGACCAAACUUAUGUGUGCUAGAAUUGGACAGUGAAUUAAGUUGGCUGCUUGCUCUGGUCAUGGAAGCUAUGAAAAAAAACUGGCCCUUCUGACUACGAGCAAGGACGGGAUGAAUAAAAUAUUGCAGAUACAACGCCUGGGAAGUUCUCUUACUACAUUAUAUUGUUUCAAUUAUCUCUGCUAAUACCUACGUCUGGUCAUCUAUAUCUUUUUGCUGUUCCUGUUUCUUCUUAUAUGCUAUCUUAGCCAAAUUUUUUCUGGUUGUUUAUAACACCCUUCAUGCCUUGUACAUUUUCUUUUCAUUGGAUACUACUGAAUUCUGUUUUUCAUGAUUACCUCGUGAUAGUUUUCCUGCUCACCUGCUCUCUAUCCUCUCUGUAAACCUUUAUGUAUUUGGUGGUUUAAUAUUAUAUUGUGCAUGUAAAUGGAGGGGUAUUAUGGAAGUUGUGUGAAUAAGGAAAUAUAUAUAUAUAUAUAUAUAUGCACACACACACACACACACACACACACAACAACAACAACGACAACAACAGCAACAACAUUGAAAACCUUAUCCAACUUAAUGGGGUCAGCUACAUAUAUAUAUAUAUAUAUUAUGUGUGUGUGCGAGUGUUGGGGGGUGGAGGGCAUCUUCAUUCUUCAACAUCACAACCCAAACAGAGAGGCGGAAAGCAGGGUUCACUUUGAAGGAGAUCUCCUUCGUUGGAUCUCCUGUGGGUCUGAAAUUUUGGUGAUUGGUUCUCAGCCCAGAACCCUAUCGAAUCCGCCCAACAGACGGAUACCAGCAACAACAAACAAAUUGAGAGAAAUUGCAGAUAUCAAGUAGGGUGGUGGUAUCAAUUUCAGCAAAGGUUUGGAUUUUGGUUCUUUUAGAAGGGAGACUGGUUUGGACUGAAACUCUGGGGCUUCGGUCUCCCUAGGGAAGAGAAUCAGUAUGCCAAGUUUGAGCAUGAUCUGCAUGAUCUGAGUUGUGGGGCUGAAGUUUCAGCAAACUUCUUUAGACUAGCUAUAUCACAAAUACAGAAUGCAGAGGAGGGUAACGACAGGGCUACCAGGAAAGAAAGAAGUAUAAGGUAAAGGAGGGAAGAAAUAAAGAAGAAGAUGACAGCCUCUCAUGCAACACUGCUGCAACCAGAAAUUCUCAACUUGCAUUGAUUCAUCUCUGAAGCUCCACCAUUGGUUUACAUAGUAUAAAUUAGAACAAAUCAAUUCAAUAAAGAAACCUACUCAACUAGGAAACUAAAAUAAACUCAAAAAAGCAAAGUAGGAACUCCUGCCAAAAUGAAAAACCAAAUAAAUAAAAGAGAAGAUUACAUUCUAUCACCCCAACAUAGCAAUAAAUCAUAAUAUAUCAUGUAAAGAGAAGAGAAAAAAAAAAAGA